UGUAUUUACCUGUCCAGUCAACCUAUCUGGAUCGGACGUAAGACACCGCUAUACUCGUUUCCAACGAACAAGACAGGUGCGGCGGUAAAACUACGGUAUUUUCACGAAUUUCAGUGCGAGACAGUACUCUUCCACGCAUAAUAUGCGUGCUAUACAGUGUGUUACAUAAAAACGUUGGAAGUGAAGUGAUUGUGUAUACUUACAAUCUAUACUUUAGAGAGGAUGAAGUAGAUAAUCGGAAUCUGUGAUAGAUCCUUGGGAUUAUAUGGAUAUACAAUUUUCUUCCCUACAUUUCACUCAAAGAUCACUCGAAUGGAUUUUCUUCAGAUAGCAUACACAAUAUGUCUUCUACUGUAUUUGCCAAGCACGAGAGCAGCAGGAUUAUGUGAAUUGGAGACGGGGGAGUCAAACAUCAUCCUAGACAUAGAAGAAAGCAGAGAAUCAUCCGUUAGUCAAGAAACCACCCCACCAGAGUUACCGAUCUCAGGCGAACCAAACGUCGAUAUAUUCCUGGAUCUUUCCUUUCCAAAAGGGCCACCGAUCUUCUUCCUGAACGGGAAGAAGCUCCAGUUGCUCUCCCCCCUCGACAGGGACGAAGAAAAUCUGUCGCAUAUCGUGUUCCAGCUAAUAUGCACCGUAAAAGCCACCCACAAGAAGAGGACCGUCCCUGUGAUCGUAAGACUGACCGACAUCAACGACAACGCGCCCCAGUUCGUCAACACUCCAUACGAGACCAGCAUAUCGGAGCUGACGCCAGUUGGGACGACCAUAUUUCAGAACAUCGUCGCUAAAGAUAAAGACACCGGAGUCAACGCACUUGUGGAGUACUCGAUAGUCAAAGCCGACAGCUUGCCACCAGAUGAAGGAAUAGGACGAGAUCGCAUCCACAGCGAGGACGGCUUCGGCUUCUUCGCCAUCAACCUACCGCAUCAGGGUCAAGUUACGGUCAAUAGGACGCUGGACUUCGAAAAGACACAGAGAUAUUACGUCACAGUCGUCGCUACGGAUCGAGCUAGAGACGAAUCCCAACGACUAUCCUCCACCACCACUUUGACAGUGAACAUCAAGGACGAUGACGACCUGCCUCCAUCUUUUAUAUACAAGGGAUGCAUGCUUCUGGAUGGCUCCUGUAUCAACCCGGAAUAUACAGCAUCGGUGUCCAGCGGCGUUUUGCAAGGUAUUCUCAACAUAUCUCCCGAGAAAAUCCAAGCAGUGGACAUGGAUACCAUCAACUCGCCCAUCCGCUAUUCCUUCGUCAGCGGUACUCCGGAUUCCUACGGCGAAUACUUCCGGAUAGACCAGGAAACUGGAGCAGUGCACCAGACCAAGCCCGUGGAUACGUCGACCACGAAAAAGUUCGAGAUUAUCAUCAAGGCCCAGGAGGUUUCUGAAGCCAAAAGAUCAACGACGGCCAAAUUAUUUAUCACCGUUAAACCAGUGGAUGCUCAUCCUCCGGAAAUACAGCUGUCUUCAGUAGAGGGGUACGUGGACGAAAACUCACCCAUAGGGGAGAAAGUGCUGGAUUCGAACGGGCGACCUCUGGUGGUCACAGUUGAAGAUAAAGAUUUUGGCCCUGGAGACCCCAAGCCAUCCUACACCUUCGAACUCACAACCCCCUAUUUCGCGAUAAACAAAGAGAACCAGAUAAUAGUCAACGAAAACAACUUGGACCGAGACCCACCCAACCCGGGAAAGUUCAAAUUCCAAGUAGUAGCCCGCGAGAAAAACGGCAUCGCCGCCAGUCCGCCAACUUCCGUAACGGUGCACCUCAGGGACGUCAACGACAACCCCCCAGUGCUCCCCAUCAUCCCCCCGGUCUCAGUACCAGCAGGGGACGUAAAAAGAAAAGUCACGACGAUUCAAGCCGCGGAUAACGACGAGGGAGAAAACGCAGAAGUCAGGUACUCCAUCUACCACGUCUCCAACAACGGGAACAACAAAUUCGUGAUCAAUCCGACGACUGGGGAACUGGAAACCGUAGGGAAAUUGAACGCGGGGGAUCAGUAUAGCCUCACGGUGCAAGCCACCGAUAAAGGAGGGUUGUACAGUCAGGCCAUUGUUGAAGUUACCAUAAGCCCAGGGCCCAAUACUCAAGCGCCUGUUUUCGAGCAGUCCGUGUAUGACAUUGAAGUUAGUGAGGGCGCUACUAUCAACUCGACUGUAGCCACAAUAGCGGCAUCUGAUCCAGAAGGAGACCCAGUCACUUACUCAAUCGUCUCUGGCAACGAUCUAAGGCAGUUUGCAAUAGGCUCCAAGACCGGCAUCAUGACCAUCAUCAGGCAACUGGAUCGGGAAGACUUGAACAGGUACCAACUGAUGAUAAAGGCGGAGGACUCAGGCAAGUUAUCCAGUACAGUGACUGUCAACAUCAAAGUGACCGACAUCAACGACAAGAACCCCGAGUUCGUGGGCGACCCCUACAAGUUCAGCGUGAAAGAAGGCCUCAAUAGGACCUCAGUGGGCUUCGUACACGCCGAUGACGCGGACGAGGGAAUCAACGCGCGGGUUACCUACCUCAUCCCAGCGGAUCUGCCCUUCGACGUAGACAACGAGACUGGUGAAAUUACCACGAACCGCCCACUGGAUUACGAGACCCAGAAGGAAUACCAGUUCGUGGUCACCGCUAAGGAUGGGGCGCCAGACCCGAGGAUAGCCACUGCGACUGUGUCGAUUGAAGUGAUUGACGUUGAGGACGAACUUCCAGUUUUUGUUAAGCCCAAAUACGAAGCCACCGUUCCGGAGAACAUGCCUGAUUACUUUGUGGCGGAAGUGAAGGCUGAAGAUCCAGACACUAUCAAGAAAAUCACCUACGUCAUCCAUCAAGGUCCGACUGACCUCUUCAGAAUCGAUGAAAGUACCGGGGAAAUCUUCACCUCCAGAGGAUUGGACUAUGAGAAAGACAGCCAACACGUGCUUGUGAUAGGAACCUUGGAAAAUAUGUCCAGCGAUAAGGGAAGCACCACUAAAGUCGUUGUGAACGUGGAGGACCGAAACGACAUCCCUCCAGUGUUCACAAUCAUCCCCCACCCCAUCACCUUGGAAGACGACGUGACAAUCGGAACCACCGUCAUCACCUUGGUAGCGACCGACUCAGAUGGAACUGCGCCUGGCAACAAAGUCCGGUACGAGAUUAUCGGAAGAGGAAAAUCGUCGAAGUACUUUCAGAUAGACCCAGACACUGGAGUUUUACGUGUGACUAACGACUUAAAGAAAGAAGUUGAUACGGAGUACCAAGUCGAUGUGAGGGCGUACGACUUAGGAGAUCCUCAGUUAUCCUCAGUGAUCACCGUGGAUGUUUACAUCCAACAUGUGGCCACUGUUGCUCCAGAGGUAGGUCUACGCUUUGCGGAUACGUCGUACAGCUUUCAAGUCCCGGAAAAUGCAACCACUGGGUAUAGAAUCAAAACACUUACCAUCGUCAACAGCAGGACCCACGGAGCGAACAUUCCCUUGAAGUGCCAGAUUAUUUCCGGAAAUAAAGAAGGAAAAUUUUUUAUUAACGUUACGGAGGAACGAAACUGCGCCUUGUACUUAAACGAUACGGUGGACUAUGAAACGCAAGAAUCGUACGAGUUCGAGGUGGAGAUCAUGUCUUUGCAAGGUUUUAUAAACAAGGAAUUCGCCAUAGCCCAAAUCACAGUCAACGUAGUGGAUGUCAACGACAACAAGCCGUAUUUCAUUUUCCCCAGUACGGAAACAAAAAAGUACUUCGCUGCCAUAUCAACGAACUCGCCUUUAUCCACGACGGUCACCCAAGUCAAAGCGGACGACAAGGACAGCGGGAAAUUCGGGAAAAUCAAGUAUUCUCUGUCCGGGAACUACAGCGACGAAUACUUUGUAAUAGACGCUACCACUGGCAUCAUAAGGACUAAAAAAUCGUUCCAAGACGUAGAACAAACAGUGUUACCCUUCCAGUUAAGUGCUAAAGCUCGCGACAAUCCCAAUUCCACCGUAGACUUCUUCGAAACCGAAGCACCUGUCGUUGUGAAUUUGAUUUCACAAGUAAACAGGAUAAUAAUGGUGAUAGGCGACGCGAAACCCGACUUGGUGCAAUCCAAAUUGGACGACAUAGCCCGGAUUAUCCAAGAGCAAUCCGGACUGGUCGUCGGGGUGGAAAAACUGACCGCAAGGGAGUUCAUAGGCGGCAACGGUACUCUGGAGACGGACCAAGCAGCGACUGACGUGUGGUUUUACGUCGUUGAUCCUGAAACUGAAACAAUCUUGCCCCGAAACAAUUCUCUAGUCAAAAGAUUAAUUCUUGAAAAGGCGGCGAUGGACAACAUAACUUUCGACGUCACAGGUCAGAUUAAGCACAACGCUUUUACCAUACACGAACCUUUGGCUGUCCAUAAAGUGAAGAGUGCCUCCAUAGCUUCGUUCAACGGAGAGGUGUUCCCUUACGCCCUCAUCAUUAUAGGGUGCAUUAUAUUCGUUUUAGGGAUAGUAGGGAUCAUCUACAUAUGCAUCUCUUGGUCCAGGUACAAAUCCUACAAGGAGCAGAUGCAGCGUCAGUACACUGUCCCCGCUAGUCCCGCUAGGUACGACACCGUCUACGUAGAGCCUAAUCUCAAAGAAUACGAGACCCAGGUGUUGCAGAUGUGCGUCCCAGUGGACGACCAGGAGGAUUACAAUGACCUCCAUCUAGAUUUCAGUAACAAGAACCACGCGUUCAGUUUGGAUAAUGUCAGUUACAUUAGCAAAGACAACAAUCUCAAGAAAUACGGGCAGCAGAGCCCUGUGAGUAGCGAGUCGGCUACAACGGCUAGGGCCUCCAGUGUGGGGGACGGCCAUAUUUUGUCUAAAAAUGGCGAAAAUACUCUUAGGAGGGACCAUAUAUACAAUAAUAGGUCCUCUGACGAGGACGAGAUGAACACAAGUCCUACAAAUGAAAAUGUGAUGUUUAAAGAAAAGAAAGACUACUUGAAUAUUGGUUACGCCUAUGGGGACCAUUCCCCAGUCGAAACAACGACAGAAUUGUAGAUAUUUUAUUAUUUUGUAUAGUCAGAAAUUGUAACUAAUUUAUAUUAUAAUUAUUAAGUAGACUAAAGGUUGUAGGUAUAUAACUUUUUAUAAUAAAUUUUAUUUUAUUUUUUA